GGUACGUUGAUCUAGCACCAAGCGCAAGCACCAGGUACGUGGUUCUAGCACCAAGCGCAAGCACCAGGUACGUGGACCUAGCACCAAGCGCAAGCACCAGGUACGUGGUUCUAGCACCAAGCGCAAGCACCAGCAUCAUGAGGGUCUUCCUGGUUCUCUGCAUCCUCGCGCUGAGUCGAGCUGAUCUCCUGCAAGACAUCCUCCAGCAGCAGAAGGUGCUGACUCAGCAGGUCAUCGCACAGGAAAAAGCGGCCAACGCCUUUAUCCAGGGUGUUGAGAAGCAGAUCGAGGCCGGCGUCACGUCUGUCGGGAAGAGGAGUUUUCUGGACACCCUGAAGAAUGGAUUCGAGAAGUUCGGCCAAGACAUCGCAAACAUCGCCCAAAAGGCACUCCCUGUGGUGGAGCAGAUCGGGAAAGAUAUUCUGCCCACUGUGGAAAAGCUGGCACCAACACUCAUCAGCACGGCUCUUACGGCAGCUCUUGGAAGAAGGGACAUCGAGAGGAGGAACAUAUUUGAUGACAUAAAGAAAGGUCUCGAAACAGUCGGGAAUGCCAUCGCUACUGCCGCCAAAGCCGCUCUACCUGUUGUCGAAGAGAUUGGAAAACAGGUGCUCCCAAUUGCUGAAAAGGUUGCCCCAAGUCUUAUCAGCGCUGGACUGACUGCUCUCGUUGGGAGACGAGAGAUAGAGCGCCGAAACUUCCUGGAUGAUCUGAAGAACACCCUGAAGAAUAUUGGCCAAACUCUUGUCAAGGAGGUUGAGACGCUUGCACCCACAAUCAUCCAAAGCGCACUCCCCGCACUCCUCUCUAGUGUAGGAAAACGUGAAAUAGAACGGCGAAACUUCCUGGAUGAUCUGAAGAAGACCUUGGGGACUAUUGGCCAAACUGUUGCCAAGGAGAUUGAAGCGCUUGCACCCACAAUCAUCCAAAGCGCACUCCCCGCACUCCUCUCUAGUGUAGGAAAACGUGAAAUAGAACGGCGAAACUUCCUGGAUGAUCUGAAGAAGACCUUGGGGACUAUUGGCCAAACUGUUGCCAAGGAGAUUGAAGCGCUUGCACCCACAAUCAUCCAAAGCGCACUCCCCGCACUCCUCUCUAGUGUAGGAAAACGUGAAAUAGAACGGCGAAACUUCCUGGAUGAUCUGAAGAAGACCUUGGGGACUAUUGGCCAAACUGUUGCCAAGGAGAUUGAAGCGCUUGCACCCACAAUCAUCCAAAGCGCACUCCCCGCACUCCUCUCUAGUGUAGGAAAACGUGAAAUAGAACGGCGAAACUUCCUGGAUGAUCUGAAGAAGACCUUGGGGACUAUUGGCCAAACUGUUGCCAAGGAGAUUGAAGCGCUUGCACCCACAAUCAUCCAAAGCGCACUCCCCGCACUCCUCUCUAGUGUAGGAAAACGUGAAAUAGAACGGCGAAACUUCCUGGAUGAUCUGAAGAAGACCUUGGGGACUAUUGGCCAAACUGUUGCCAAGGAGAUUGAAGUGCUUGCACCCACAAUCAUCCAAAGCGCACUCCCCGCACUCCUCUCUAGUGUAGGAAAACGUGAAAUUGUGGAGGCCGGACUUCUGGAACAUGUGAGGGAUGAGAUGCUCUCUGUGGUGGACAAGCUGAAGGAGUCUGUGGAGGGAGCAGAGAAGAUCGCCACGAACCUUGAGGGCAACCUGAAGACAGCUGCCCAGGGUCUGACCAGUGGCCAGGAUGUCAAAGCCCUCGCCCAGAUGGUGCUGUCCACCCUGGAGAAGGAUGUCGAGUCAAUGAUGGAAAAGGGAACAUUUGACGUUGAUAUUGAUGCGUUGAUCCAGAAUAUUGUCCCCAACGCUGUUGCAAAGCUCUUCUCCAAGCACAGCCGUCGUGGUCUUCUCGGCGAUAUUUUCAACGGAUUGAAGGACACUGUGGGUGAUACUCUUGGUCUUCUGACUGGCACCGCCUUUGCCGAUCUUAAAACAUUCCUCGGAAGCGCUGUUACAACUGCCACACAAGCUCUUUCCCCGGCACUGGGUAACCUGAAGGGUCUCGCCCAGACAUUCCUAGCCCAAGCUGGACAAGCCACCGCACAGGUCGCUGCCGAGGCCGUCAAGUUCUUCAAGCCAUUCCAGACUCAACUGGGAUCCGUCUUCACUCAGAUCAAGAGUGUAGCUGAAAAACUGACGGGACAUUAAACGAGUAUACAAGAGAUUUAGAAUAAAACAACAUAUUAAAA